AUGGCGGGAGCCAUCUGGAGCCCGCGGUGUUGGGUUCGUGUCUUCAUCGGGGGCAGGAGCUGCCGUCCCCCGAGAGGCUCCCGACCCCUCGGGCGCUCCUCUGCUUCCUGGGGCCCCCGGGAGCACCGUGCUGUGGAAGUGCUCAGCGCCCGGGGAGGCAGGUCCUCACAGCCAUCACCCGUGUCUCGCUUUGCCCUCGCAGCUGAUAUCAUCUCCACCGUCGAGUUCAACCACACCGGAGAGCUGCUGGCCACGGGCGACAAGGGCGGCCGGGUUGUCAUCUUCCAGCGGGAACCAGAGAGUAAAAAUGCGCCCCACAGCCAGGGCGAGUACGACGUCUACAGCACGUUCCAGAGCCACGAGCCGGAGUUCGACUACCUCAAGAGCCUGGAGAUAGAGGAGAAGAUCAACAAGAUCAAGUGGCUCCCGCAGCAGAACGCUGCCCACUCGCUGCUGUCCACCAACGAUAAGACGAUCAAAUUAUGGAAGAUCACGGAGCGAGACAAAAGGCCCGAGGGUUAUAACCUCAAGGAUGAGGAAGGGAAACUUAAGGACCUCUCCACAGUGACGUCGCUGCAGGUGCCCGUGCUGAAGCCCAUGGACCUGAUGGUGGAGGUGAGCCCCCGGAGGAUCUUCGCCAACGGCCACACCUACCACAUCAACUCCAUCUCCGUCAACAGCGACUGUGAGACCUACAUGUCUGCGGACGACCUGCGUAUCAACCUGUGGCACCUGGCCAUCACCGACAGGAGCUUCAACAUCGUGGACAUCAAGCCAGCCAACAUGGAGGACCUCACGGAGGUGAUCACGGCGUCCGAGUUCCACCCGCACCACUGCAACCUCUUCGUUUACAGCAGCAGCAAGGGCUCGCUGCGGCUCUGCGACAUGCGGGCCGCCGCCCUGUGCGACAGGCACUCCAAGC